AUGUCUAUAUUAUGGCCAAUAUGUAUUGUCAAGAUUGAGAGCAUCUUAACAGAUUUCUUGUCCUUCUUCCUGAGAGGCACCAGAGUCGAAGCUGAGGCAGCAAGGAAAUGGAUGGUGCUGAGUGAGGAGGAGGAUGCUGAGGAGGGGACCCUGACUGGGGAGCACAGCCACGAAUUUAUCCCCGAGAAUCACCUGAUCCCGACUGCUGUGCAACCGAGCUGGAAGGAGCUGCACCGGGCGGCCCGGAAUGGACACACACAUCUGGUCAAGCAGCUGUUGAAGCAAGGGGCCGACACAGAGAGCAGAGAUGAGAAUGGCUGGACGCCUUUGCACGCCGCCUCCUUGAACGGUAGUGCCGCAUUGGUGAAGUUUCUCAUCCAGCGUGGAGCGUUGGCCAACGCCAGCGACGCUUUCGGCUACAUGCCUCUCCACUGUGCCGCUUGGAGCGGCCACAGCCAAGUGGCGGAGCUCCUCCUGCACCGGGGUGCAGCAGCGGAGGCGCCGACCAAAGGAAGCCUCACCCCACUCCAUUUCGCCGCUGCCAACGGGCACAUCCUGGUGGUACAGCUCCUCUUGCGGAACAGAGCUGACCCGGCCGGCCUCGACCGUCGCCAGUGGUCGGCCCUGCAUUGGGCAACGGCCAACAACCGGUUGCAUAUUGUGGACCUGCUGAUAUCGCAGGGCGUCAGCCCGGAUUUAGGAAGCGGAGGGAGUGUCACACCACUGCACGUAGCAGCUGAGAGCAGAAAAACAGAAGCUCUGAAGUUCUUGCUUGCCAAAGGCGCCAGCGUGAAUGUUCAGGACAGCCUAGGGAGAACGCCGCUCUCCAUCGCUGCUAACAACAGCCAUCAUGAGAUGGUGAAGCUUCUGCUGCAGAGUCAAGCAGCUGUGAACCUGACUGACCGCUACGGCUGCACUGCCCUCCACAAAGCUGCGACUGAGGGUCACCUGCCAGUUGUCUCCUCCCUGGUCUGGGAAGGUGCUGCGAGCAUCGAUGGGAGGGACCACCUCAACCUGACUCCGCUUCACCGGGCUGCCAGCCGCGGCCACGUCGCCGUCGUCAGCUUCCUCCUGGACGAGGGGGCAGACGUCAACGCCGCUGGCUGGCUGGGCAAAACCCCCUUGCACCUGGCUGCAGAGAAAGGGCACUUUGCUUUGAUGGAACUCUUGUUGGCAAAGGGGGCAAGCCUUUUCCAGAGGACUCAGUGGAAGGAGACAGCGCAGGAGCUGGUCUCAGAGAGGACAAGUCCUGGAGGCAUACUUAGCCUGGGGGACCCUGGGCCACCUCAGUCUUCCCCCUCCUGUAACUCUAUAGCCUCCUGACUCAGCCCUCUGCCUGGUCUGAUCACAUAUUAAAUGCUUGCCUUUUUAGUAUUGUUA